AUGAAUAAUUUAUCUGCAAAAUAACACCACUGCAUUUUGAUUGAGAUUAAUUCAGAUGCACAUGAAAAAGAAACUAGAUUUUUGGAAAUAUUUGUUAAAUAUGGGAGUUAUUUGUUUUUGCAAAUAAAAUGUUAAUAUAUAUAUAAAAUCACACAGACAAAAAUCACACAGACCUUAUGGUAAUAAUAAUAGGGUUUGAUCCUAAAUUCAAUAAAAAUAAUGCUAUGAUGUAAAGAAUGGACUUGAGGUGAAAUACACACUUUUUUUUUUUUAUUUAAUUUUUUUUUAAGGAAACUCAGUUUAUUAGUUGUCCUUCAAAACACGUCACAUGUUGUUUGGUGAAAACGGCAGGAGACUGAUUACAUCACAUUGUUUAUCUGUGGACCGCUUAAGACAAUCAGGCUGAUUGUGCUGUUUACAAAUAAUAACACCUCUAGGUGUGAGCGGCUGUGUGUGUGUGUGUGUGUGUGUGUGUGUGUGUGUGUGUGUGUGUGUGUGUGUGUGUGUGUCAGUGGAUUAGAGGAGCGGAGGAAUCGACACACAGCGUCACACAGAGACCAGACACACGCAGGAGACCCGGAGAUAAGAGUGAAAUGUCCUGUCUGGAUGAGGUUCCCUUCAAGAUCCCUCUGGGCUUUCUUGAGGAUGCUAAAGAAGAGGUUGAGCUCGUCACAGCUUCGGAGAUCACUCUGCCCGACUACCUGAAGAUCCUGCAGGAAACCGAGUAUGUCUUCAGCCUGGAGAACUGGGUUCUCACGGGUCUCCAGGGCGGCUAUCCAACCCUCAAUCCCCGCUCUUCCUGCGAGCUGACAGCGACCUGUCCUCCUUACUGGAUGAUGUUCAGCAGCCCUCAGGAGAGCAGGUUAGCCAGCCGCUGGAGCAGUGACUUCUGGGAACCCAACCCUCGUCCCCGGAGCCGCAGCUUAAACGCGGCCCACUACCGCACAAUGAAUGCUCGAGUCAAAUUCACCAUCUCUGACUCGGAAGAUGAAGAGUUUACAGAAGAAGACAGCGCCGCCCUUGCUGACAGUGAAGCACAGUCCGGACAGGGUGGUUUGGGUUCACCAAGACAGGGACCAGGGUUGAAAGACUUGCACACUUGUGGGUCAUCAAACUUCCUCAAGCUGCCUUCGCCUUGCAGCCUCGCCUCACAACACCGAGGGACGUCGUCUUCCUUCAGCAGACGUAACUCACCCAAAAGAAACUUCCAGAGGAGUCCGAGCUCCGCUGGUCGUACUAAUGCAUCUCCCACUGUCUCCCACAACAACUUGCAGCCUGAAUGCAUUGAGAGUCCCACCCUGAAGGCCCAGGGUUCAUCGUCCCCCCCGGCCCCAUCACGGCCACUCAAUUCCCACGCUGCCGUCCUGGACUCCUCGGUCGAGCUGCUCUCCGCUCUAAGCCCAGAGGAGAGGGAGCUGCUGGCGGCCGUGACCGAGCGGGGCUACCCUCUCCGUACGGCCAUCAUCGCCCUCCAGAAAACUGGCCAGCAGAGUCCAGAGCAGAUCAUGAGUUACAUGGUGGCGUGUGAUCGGUUGUGUGAACUCGGCUAUGAUGAAGCUCAGGUCGAAGAAGCGCUUGAGAUGUUUCAGAACUGCGAGACCAAGGCCGAGGAGUUCCUUCACCUUCUCGCUCAGUUUCAUGAAAUGGGCUUCCAGCAGAACGCCAUCAAAGAGGUUCUUCUGGUGCAUGAGAACCACAGAGAGCGAGCGCUGGAGGAGCUCAUGACCCGCGUGGCCUGAUCCCAUCCGUGUGUUAUGGGAAUUAGUGAAUGCAGUGAAUUAGCUGAGAUCAAGGUUUGCUCUAUUCAGCAAGCUCGUAUAGCCGUUGCUUGUUUAUCAUAUGCCGCGCUGUGUUUAUUCGUUGUGUGUUCUAGACAUGUGUUGAGGCCUUUGGGAAAAGCACAAUUUGACAGUCGACAUAACGCUUUCAUAGUGUUUUCUCUAGCAAUAAACCUUUGUUGCUUUAUUUAUUGAAAUGUAAACUCUGAUAUUUAUGUCUUUUUUUUUUUUAUUGGAAUUCAUAAAAUUAUGACAUUUUUAAAAAACUGUUAAGCCGGUUAUGUAAGGAUUUUUUUAAUGUCAUAUUCAUAUUUCCAGUUUCUAUAUGGUGCCUCCAUUUCCCAGCAUCUGAAAACCCAAGGUGAGACGUGUAGUUUGCACGGUUUCUGGUUUGUAUUUAUCUAAAUGUUUUUUGUCAGCCGGAACCCUUUGACAUGAAAUAUUUAAGUACGCAAGAUAAGAUUUUAAGGUAAUAUUUCACAAUUUGACAAGACAUUUGCAUAUUUAUGGUGCUCUGAUGUUGAUUAAUGGUCAAAUGACGUGCAGGAAAAACCAAUAAAAUAUCUCAUCACUU